AUGCGCACCGCAAAGAGCGUCAAACCCCUCAAGAGCGGCCCCGUGAGCCACUACGUGCGCUGUAAGCUCGAUCCGAAUGCGAUUGACUUGUACGUCGAGCCCAAAGAUCUAGUGAACUUGGACGGAGAGAUGCCCCAGGUCGACGCGCGGAACGAUGCUAAACCUUACGACUAUCUAUUCCUGGCGAUGCAAGACUUCGAAGGUAAUAGAGGCGCCCGUGGGUGGGAACAAAAACAACAGAACAAACACAAGGAGCAUGAUCAGGACCAACUGAUCAGCCGUCCGUAG